AUGAAGAUAGUCGCCUUGCUGGCGGUCCUUGUUGGGGCCGCCCCUGUCCUCUCCAACCCUGUUUGCCUGCAGAACGAAGCCCGGGCCGCGCCGACGAAGACCGUCGUCACUCGGUUUAGCUAUAUGGUCCCGAUGGGCGUAGACGCCCUCACCCAAUACUUCACGCAGGAGAAGGCAGCGAAAUACUACGCAUCCGUGACCGCGUUCGGCUUGGUCCCCUCGCAGACCUAUGCAGCCUUCCCAACCUGCACCGGAACAGACUGGCAGCGCUUUAAGUGCUAUGUCGAGUCUCAUAACAAGGCACAUCCACAGCAAUUGUAUAAGGUUGUAUUCCUUGCGCGCCAUGGUGAAGGGAAGCACAACGUCGCAUCAGGCUGCGAUCUGAUAAAUCCCGACAAAAUGCUCGACGCCGAUUUGACAGACCCUAAAGGAUUCAACGAGGCCACGGCAGCCCGUAAUUACUGGGCUACUGCUGCUGCGGCUCCGUUAAAUGUCUGGAAGCCGGAGAAGGUCUACGUUAGCCCGCUGCGCAGGUCUACACUCGCGGGCUACAUAACCUUCAACGGAUUGUCUAGUUUUGUCCAAGACGUCACCUUUAAGGAUGAACUUGGAGAAUACAAGGGCAAACAAUACUACAACCGCCGCCACAACACAGACUGGAUUCAGAACAAUAUCAUCAGAAGCAACACCACAUUCCAAGGCCUCGACCAACUUGAUUUCUGCGACACUGAGUGGCUGCGCUACACCCUCCAGUGGACCCAAGAGACUAACAUGGCCACGCGAGUCAAGAACUUCCUCGACGAGGCGUUUACGGUUGACGCCGACAAGAACUUCAUUUACAUUACCAGUCAUGGCGGCACGAGCCAAGCUAUACUCUCCGUACUCGGCAGAUCUGGGAGCUUGUUCGGCGGUGAUACUGGCCAGAUCUAUCCAGUUCUCGUCCAGUAUUCGUCCACUGCCACGGCGACCAUUACUAAGUUAUCACUGCCGCCGGCAAGGACCGCGGCGUGCUCGUUGUCGGCCGGCGGAUGCACUUCGACCAUUCCGGCUUCUUUCAUGGCAACGGGUACAACCUGCCCAUAAGACUAUCCUAGGGCCACGACAGAACCAAGGAUUGAACGCGCAGAGGAUCUAAUUGGCGGUUUCGAAGUUGGUGUUUCGAGGUUAUCAUGGUAACACUACGUGUCCUUUCGCUGUUACUCAACUGUAGGCAAGAAUCGCUCAACGCCCAAUUUGUAUCUAUCAUGCGACACUUCCUCGAGUUCAAGUGUGUGUAAC